AUGUCAAGCAACCGCCCCUUCCUCUCAAACUUCCUGGCCGCUUUCCGUGCCCAAUCCACCUACAAGGCCACCACUCAGCAAGUCGGCACAUCCACCAUCUCCUCCACCCAGAUCUCCCAGAACGCCCGCACCAUUGCAACAAAAGCUGCCAACGCCGCCCAGGGCUCGUCAGCAUCCGCAUCAGCAUCAAGCUCUACACCCCAUCACGCCCACACCCACAACCACCACACCCACUCAUCUCCAACAUCCUCAUCCACCUCAUCUCCAACGUCCGGAUCAGCAUCUGGACCAGUCCAAGGCCCAAGCCCUGCCCCCGCUCACCACUAUCACCACGACCAAGCCUCCUCGCCACCAACGUCAACCCCCAUCCCCAUCAACCGGAGCUCUGCAGAUCGCCAGCGCCGCGGAAGUGAUUCCUCCAGCGGCUCGGGCGGGUUCCGCGAUGCCAUCGGCCCCGAAAAGUGGUAUAUCGGCGGUCGGACGCCGGCCGGUGAAGAACGCUUUUAUCGUCUCGGUAUGGUUACCAAAGGUGGGGGGCGGCUUGGCGGGAGUGGGCGGGUGGGGAGUAUCGAUCAGUUAAGUCUGUAA